AUGGCAAUUAAUAAGGAUAACCGCAUACACGUCAAAAAUAUCAAGGCGUAUAUACCUCCAGUCGAACGCGAUGAGAUGGUUUCUCGGGGCACAACGGCUAGUUCGAUUUAUGCGUAUUUCUUGUUGCACGAUUCAAUCUACGUCCCUUCGAUAUCCGACGACCAACGCCAAGCGUUGACCUUUGCUUUCUGCACUUAUGCGGCUGCCAUCCGUUUCAAGUAUGGUUUUAAUGAGGCCUGUGUCAAGUGGACGCGGCUGUGUACAAAGCACAAACGCCCACGAUCCAGCGAUUUUACGCCCGCUGAUGAGAUGUUCUUCCAGGAACACGCGGCUGAAGUUACGUAUCCAUCGGUGACGCCCGCGGAUGUUAGCUACCGCGAUGAGCUCCUACAGACUUGGGAGCUCAAGCACAACUCGACGUUGCUACUGGAUCGCUUCCUACCACAUGAGUGCGGUUCUGACCCUUCUAUUUUUCUGAGACUAUGA